AUGCUAUGCCCGGAAGGUGCGCCGUUUCAAAAUGAAACUUUGCCUAAAGAAGAAGAGAAUUUGUGUUGUCAGAAGAACAAAAAAGUACCUAUAGAAGGAACGGCUAGUUUGGAAAUACAUUCAUACAAAAGUCCAAAAAGUUGGAAAAAAUCUAUUACAAACUUUUUUCGCAAUCAGCUUCGAUCAACAAAAUCUAACGAUGGAGACCGACCUUCCGACAGCAAAGAAAAUUUUGAAGAAAAGGAAAUAAGUCCAGAACAGAAGUGGCAAUCCUUGGGUAAAAUGUUCAAGCGUCAAAGUUUUGGAGAGCAUUGGCCGAAGCCUUCGAACCAUCAAGGAGAAUCUUCAACUCAAAAUAAACGUCAUGCUGUUAGGAAAGUGAUCUCUAGUUACUUUGGGAAGCCUCAAAAAUAUAAUACAAGUGAUCCAAAUGAAGAGUAG